GAAACUAAACCACCUUCUCAUUGGCCAGUUUGAUCUGUAGGCGGUACUGGCGGGCAAGCUGAACUGCGGUGACUAGUUUAAUAUUAUUUUAGACGGUAUCAAAAGUAACUUUGAAAUGUGCAUGCGACUUGUUUUUAUUCAAAGUUUAUGAAUAUUGCAAUAUAAGCUGACAACGUUUUUGUCACGUUCUGUGAUUAGCAGCCAAAGUUCUGAGUGAAUAAUUUCGAUAACGGUUCAAGCAAUGGAGGAUUAUUUACGCAUUGAGAAGCUGGGUGAGGGCACCUAUGGCGUGGUCUACAAAGCCAAACAUAAGAAAACUGGCAAGCUUGUUGCCAUGAAAAAGAUUCGUCUUGAAAAUGAAGAGGAGGGAGUCCCAUCUACAGCCAUCAGAGAAAUCUCACUACUCAAAGAACUGCAGCAUCCGAAUAUUGUUUUUCUUGAGGACGUGGUUAUGCAGGAGAGCAAGCUGUUCCUUGUGUUCGAGUAUCUAAACAUGGACCUGAAGAAAUACAUAGAUUCGCUUGGCUGGGACGUCUACAUGGAUCCCAAGCUGGUCAAGUCCUAUUGCUAUCAGCUGUUCCAGGGCAUUCUGUUCUGCCACCAACGCCGCGUUCUGCACAGGGACUUGAAGCCUCAAAAUUUACUCAUCAAUGAAGAAGGUGUGAUCAAAAUUGCUGAUUUUGGUCUUGCAAGGGCGUUUGGGAUCCCUGUCAGGGUCUACACCCAUGAAGUGGUGACUCUGUGGUACCGUGCGCCUGAGGUUCUGUUGGGCUCAUCUCGCUACUCCUGCCCUGUGGACAUCUGGUCUCUGGGUUCCAUAUUUGCAGAGAUGGUCACAAAAAAGCCCCUAUUCCACGGUGACUCAGAGAUUGAUCAACUCUUCAGGAUAUUCCGCAUCUUGACAACACCCACUGAGGAGCUCUGGCCUGGAGUGUCGCAGUUGCCGGACUACAAGCCUAAUUUCCCCCGAUGGACGAGUGACAGCCUAAACAACAGCGUCAAAAAUAUGGAUCCUCAGGGCAUAGAUCUCCUGAGACAAACGCUCAUUUACGACCCCACGAGGAGGAUCUCGGCAAAACGCGCCCUCCAGCACCCGUACUUUGAUGACCUGGACAAAUCCACGCUGCCUGCUAAAACCAACUUCGGCAUCAACUAGACAAGAAGGACAACCUUCCGUCGGCGGCGUGCUGAUUUGAAUUGCACGCGUGUCAUUGCUGAUUUUUUUGGUAGUGUUGCGUAGUUCCGUAUAGAUACCUACGUUUCGAAAUAGUUGCCAACUGCAAUAUUGCUGCUCAAAAGAAUAUAUCCUCUUCUUGUGCCUUAGAAUUCAGGACUCUUUGCAUGUUCACUUUAGAACUUUUAACUCCAAUGUUGGCUGUUAGCUCGAAGUACGAUAUAUUUCUCUUAAUAUGAAGCUGCAGUGGGUUCUAACAGCUAUUAAAUUCAGAAUAAGAAUAACCAAUGUGUGUUAAUUAUACUAAAGCUUGGAAAGCAACUAUUGAACUGGGGAUGAUCUUGUUUUCCUAUAAUGAUCUUACCGAGUUUUCUGAUUACUUUCACAGCUAUUGGUUAUCGUCGGUGAUAACAUAGAUUUUAGCAUUGAAGCAACGUUGCUAAAAAUCGCACUGCUCUUUAUCUCGUCAACUUUUCUGUCAUUAAGACAGUUGACUCUAAGUUUUCUUUGAAAAUGAUCAUUAUUUGAAGAUAAAUGAAGAUUUUCUCACUACAAACUUGCAUUUAUCUGACUUGAUAUUUUUUUUCUCGGUUGAACAAUUUGUAAAACUGUGAUAGUUUUUUGCCACAAAGCAUUUCCUUAGAAAUUCAUCGUAAAUCAGAUGUUACAUAUUAGCGUCUCAUCAAUAUGCUAAUAAUUAGUGUAGAAUCCCCAAAUAUCGUGGACAUUUUCAUUUAGGAUAUUUAACGAUGUAUUCCCACCCCUCGUGCACGUUUCUCACGUUCAACCAGUGUAAGGAGUCCGUGAAACGUGUGUUACGGGGACUUGCUUAAAUACUUGCUUCAAUGAGCACUGAAUUAUGGAAUUUCUGUUCGAAAUCGAAUGUUUUAUGUCGAUUUACUGCACAUUCUCUUCAAAUUUGUGGUCUGAUUAUUUUGAUUGAAUCGUCAUCAAUCAGUUGCAAAAUGCCUCCUCUUCAAAAAAUAAAAGGGCUUCAUGUACCUGGACAUUCCAUGGCAAGUCAAGUUACAUAGUUAUUGUUUACUUCACAACCGAUGAAGCUUCAUUUUAAUUUCUGAUAAAAUAACUAUUUCACUGCUAAAUAAACGUCAAGUUGCAGGUGUAACAUCAUUUUUUAUGAAAAAUUUCUCCAGUAAUCGUGAAUUAUUCGGUUCACGGCUGAUGUAAUCUUUUAGCCCCUGUUAAUGUUUUAGUUCAAUACUGGUGGAACUUUUUGUACGCGGCUUAUGAAACCUACUAUUCGCUGCUGAUGAAUAUCUUUACCUUUGUUCGACAAGCGUAAUAUGCUGACGAGGGUAAACUUCUUCUGUAUGAUAGAUUUCCUCGUUUUUCUUUAACCAAAUAAUUGUUUCGCAAUCUUGCGCUGUAUUUACUAGAAUAACGCAUCUUUUCACCCGCGAUAUUCUCUGACGAGGUGCUCCUGAUGCACAUGGCGCUCGUGCAGCAACACUUGGAUAAUAAUUCAUCUUUUCACUACUUUGAUCUAGCUUUAAGGUAUAUAUAGAUUAUUCAUCUGUGAUGCUUCUUGGUAUUGUCGCUUUCGUCAGGACUUUAACGCUGCAUUUUCUCAUUCAAUGCUGCUGCUUCUACCAUUCCUGCUGUAAAUUUCUUCUGCGCGCCUUUCGUUGCAGCAUUUCAUCAGAUUCUACUUCUUGUAUUCGCGGUGUUGUCUUCCUUCUCUGACUCUUCACAUGUAAGUUCUUAUGUUAGCUUCCUGCUUUCACUUGCAUAAGGCCGUAGUAUUGUUACACAAGACCAUAGCAGAGACAUCACAAAGUUUGCUCCCCUACCAUUCGCGCUCAUCCUUGUUCCAAGAACUGGUACCUUCGAAACGCAGCUGGAGACAAAUUAAACCGACAACUACGGUCAAGACUAUUUUUUUGUAAGCUAUGCUAGUUUGUUGUUUAUUUGAGUUGUCUUUUAUAUUAAAUUGGGCAUUACUUCAUAGUUUCUGAAACUGGUUUCUCGUUGGAGUAUUAUUGCAUUUUGUUCAGGUAAUUUGUGGUCAAUUUCAUAGAUCCGAUAUUAGAUAUACAGAGCACCUUGCUUUGACUUCAUGCUUGCAGCUUUUAUCAGGAAUUUUAUGUCUCCAUUAGAGCGUAGACGAUAUUGAUUAAGUGCCUGUUUACUUUCACGCCAAGAGUUUUUUUUUUUUUUGUUUUGGGAACUAGGCAUCAAAACUGUUUUCACGCGAUCACGAAUAACAAAACUGUUCACGAGAUCAAGAAUAAAUUUGACAUUAGUA